AUGGCUGCCCUCAGACCUCUGUUGAAGCCCAAUACCAUUAAAAAGAGAAUCAAGAAGUUCAUCCAGCACCAGUCAGACCCAUAUGUCAAAAUUAAGCACAACUGGCGGAAACCCAGUCUUAGACAGGGUGCACAGAAGAUUCAAGGGUUAGAUCUUGAUGCCCGAAACUGUUUACAGGAGCAACAAGAAAACAAAGCACAUGUUCCCCUGUGGCUUCUGAAGUUCCUAGUCCACAAUGUCGAGGAGCUUGAAGUGCUCCUGAUGUGCAACACAUCUUACUGUGCAGAGAUUGCUCACAAUGUUUCCUCCAAGAACCACAAAGCCACUGGAAAGACCAACCUAGCUGGCCGUCUGAAUUACCAGUCCCAAUGCUACGCUGCGCAGCCAAGAAAAUGA